AUCUGACAGGUUACUAUCCGGUCUCCGUUAAACCCGCAUGGAUGACCGAUAUUCGAACGUGGUACGUAGCCACGCAUGGCGAUCGAUUUUUCUACAAUCCACCUGCCUGGUUCGGGUUAUACACAGCCCUCGAACUUGUUUUCCAUCUUCCCUUUACUCUAUGGGUCAUUCCUGCGCUGGUUCGCAAUGAUCCGCGCCUUCCAUUGGGUCUUCUAGUUUUUGCUUUGGAAACGUCUAUCACGACCAUCACAUGUCUUGCCGAGAUGCUUUCGUGGGAAGAAUUGUCUGCGGCGCAGCGGGGCCUACAAGGGCUCGGCGGGAUGUAUGGAGGUUAUCUGGCGUUGGGAGUCUUUAUGGCUGUCGAUGCCUAUGCUCGGCUUGAUCAGAUACUGUCGAAGCAGAAGAAGAUCGAGCCGAUCACUAAGAAGCAGCUUUGAGGUGACCCGAAAUGUGAUGCUGGGUGGAAGACGGGAGGGUUUCACAUGUUUUCAAUGCUUGCUGCGAACAAGGAGUUUGUCUUUUAUUCGUAGCAUCGGAACACCUUACAAGUAUCGUCUGCUACCGGGUAUUGCCAGACAUG